AUGGUUUUGAAAAAUUUAGAUAACGUUAAAGUUUUAGGUUCAAUUGAUACCAAACCAAGAUUCCCAUCAGGUACAACUCCAUCAGAUUUACUCACCAAGGGAGCUUUAGAAUUUGUUGUAUUGUUACACAACACUUUCAAUCAAAGAAGAAAAGAUUUAUUGGAAAAUCGUAUUAAUAUUCAAGAAAAAUUGGAUAAUGGUGAACAAUUAGAUUUCCUUAAAGAAACUGAAUUCAUUAGAAAUGAUCCAACUUGGAAAGGUCCUCCAUUAGCAAAAGGUCUUAUUGCAAGAAAUACUGAAAUUACUGGACCUCCUUCUUCAAGAUCAAUGUUGAUUAAUGCUUUAAAUUCAGAUGUUAAAACUUAUAUGACUGAUUUAGAAGAUUCUGCUUCUCCAACAUGGGAAAACAUUAUUUAUGGUCAAUUAAAUUUAUAUGAUGCUAUAAGAGGUAAAAUUGAUUUUACAAAUGAAAUCACAGGUAAAUCAUAUAAAGUUUCAAAUCAACCUGGUAAAACACCAACUUUAAUCCUUAGACCAAGAGGUUGGCAUAUGGUUGAUAAUCAUAUUGAAGUUCAAGGUGAACCAAUAUCUGCUUCCAUAUUGGAUUUUGGUUUAUAUUUUUAUCAUAAUGCUCAUGAAUUAAUUAAAAUAGGUCAUGGUCCUUAUUUUUAUUUACCUAAGAUGGAACAUCAUUUAGAAGCUCGUUUAUGGAAUGAUAUUUUCAAUGUUGCACAAGAUUUAUUAGAAAUUCAAAGAGGUACCAUCAGAGCAACAGUUUUAAUUGAAACAUUACCUGCUGCUUAUCAAAUGGAGGAAAUUAUUUGGGAAUUAAGAGAUCAUUCUUCAGGUUUAAAUUGUGGUCGUUGGGAUUAUAUCUUCUCAACAAUCAAGAAAUUAAAAAAUGAUUCAAAUCAUAUCUUACCUGAUAGAGAUCAAGUUACAAUGACUUCACCAUUUAUGAAUGCCUAUGUUGAAAGAUUAAUCCACAUUUGCCACAAGAGAGGUGUCCAUGCAAUGGGUGGUAUGGCUGCUCAUAUUCCAAUUAAAAAUGACCCUGCGGCACAUGAAGCUGCAAUGAAUAAAGUUAGAUCAGAUAAAAUUAGAGAAUUAACUAAAGGUCAUGAUGGUUCUUGGAUUGCACAUCCUGCUUUAGCUUCAAUUUGUAAUGAAGUUUUCGCAAACAUGGGUACUUCUAAUCAAAUUUAUAAUAUUCCAGAAUUGAAAAUAACAGCUACUGAUCUUUUGGAUACCAAGAUUCCAGAUGCAAGAAUUACAGAAUUAGGUAUUAGAGCAAAUUUAUUCAUUGGUUUAAGUUAUAUGGAAGCUUGGUUAAAUGGUUCAGGUUGUGUUCCAAUUAAUAAUUUAAUGGAAGAUGCUGCAACUGCAGAAGUUUCAAGAUCUCAAUUAUAUCAAUGGGUUAAACAUGGUGUUGUUUUAAAAGAUACUGGUGAAAAAGUUACACCUGAAUUAACUACAAAAUUAUUAGAAGAAGAAACUGAAAAAUUGAUUAAAUUAGGUAAACAGGGGAAUAAAUUUGAAUUAGCUGCUAAAUAUUUUAAACCUGAGAUUAGAGGUGAAAGAUUUAGUGAAUUUUUAACAACUUUGUUAUAUGAUGAAAUUGCUACAAUUGGUGAACCAAUUGAUUUAUCAACUUUGAAAGAUUGA